UUGUUUUAUUUUGUUUGUGAUUUCAAAAACUAAAUUCAGUUCAUUUUAGUUUUUAAGGAGUUUGUUGUUUGGAUAAGACUUUGUACUCCUUGUACUGUUAUUAAUUGUCCUUGCAAGUCUUUCUUUACAAUAUAUUUCCCUAGCCCUUUUAAGUCAUUUAUAAAAGCCUUUUUCUUUGCCAACUCUUUAUUUAUUCCAAGAAUUCUAGUUGAACUUUUGUACAAGCUGUUUGGAGCAUUUCCUCAUAGGUGUUUUGGAGUUAUUUCCUUCUUAAGAGUUUGUGCUUGUGUCCCUUGUUAAUAAUACUUCUCUCUCUUUCUCUCUCUGUCUCUCUGUCUCUCUCUCUCUCUUUCUCUCUCUCUCUCUCUGUCUCUCUCUGUCUUUCUCUGUCUCUCUCUCUGUCUCUCUCUCUCUCUCUUUCUCUCUCUCUCUGUCUUGGUCUCUUUGUCUCUCUUUCUCUCUACCUCUGUCUCUGCCUCUUCAUCUCGUUCUCUCUUUGUUUAAAUCCUGACCUUCCCUCUCAGAAAAAAUACUAAGUACUGGUUCCAAGGCAGAAUAAUGGUAAGGGCUACUUAAAGGUUAAUGGAUAGGGAACUGAACCGGGAGUUAGGAAGACUAGAAUUUAAAGCUGUACUCUGACACCGUUGUGUGACCCUAGACAAAUCAUUUAACCUCUGCUUGCCUCAGUUUUCUCAGGAAAAUGGGGAUAAUACUAACGCCUAACCCAGGAUCAAUGUGAGGAUCAAAGAGAUAAUAUUGAAAAAGUGAUUAGAACAGUAUCUGGUACAUAAUAGGUAUUUAAUAAAUGUUUUCUUCCAAGUAUUUUAAGUGAAUACCAUGCAGAAAACUGAUAGGAAGACAUGGACAAACGCCACUAAAAAAAGAAAGGGCUUGCAGUUUUUUUCCAAUGAAAAAUGUAUCUAAGUAGAUGAAGUCAUUGUGGAUUAGUUAUUUAUUAAUAUAUGACAAAUAUUUGUCAUGUACUUAACUGUGCACCUAGAAUUGUGCUGGAGUUAUGAGGAUAGGCAGUAAGACUGAGAGGUCCAUUUCUCUUCCAAGUUUAAUUUGAUUAUGUUUUACCUUAAUGAGGAGUGGACCUUUUUAUGUCUAAGUUUAAUGACUAUAGAAAAUUUGCCAGGGUACCUUUUAGGGGUGGUAGGUGGCAUGGUGGAUAGACUGCCAGAUCUGGAGUCAGGAAGACCUGAAUUUAAAUCUGACCUCAGACACUGGCUUUAUGACCCUGAGAAAGUCAUUUAACCCUGUUUACCUCAGUUUCCUCAUCUGUAAAAUGCACUGAAGAAAGAAAUGGCAAACCAGUGCAGUAUCUUUGCCCAAAAAAACCCCAGAUGGAGUCACAAAGAGUCAGACAAGACUGAAACAACGCUUAAAGCUCUCAUGAGUAUUGAUUACUUUUUAUGACAGAAUCUGCCUCAAAAUCAUUAGAUUGCUGUCAAGCUUUAUCAUCUAUGUUGAUGCUCAAAACAAAACAGAAAAACAUCAAUUUACCGAUAUUCCAAAGGGCACAGCUAAUACAGAGCAUUUGCAAGAUUGAUUCUGAAUCUAAAUUGGCUCUUUGCCUUCUCACUACAGAAUAAAACAUGGUGCAUUACUUUCAACUGGCUCUCUCAAGACUUCAAAGCUGUGACCUGUUCCCUGAGACUGACAAGGUGCCCUGUAAAAAAUGCAUUGUUGUUGGUAAUGGAGCAGUUCUGAAGAAUAAGACACUGGGAGAAAAAAUAGACUCCUAUGAUGUGAUAAUAAGAAUAAAUGAUGGACCUGUCAGAGGCUAUGAAGAGGAUGUUGGAACAAAAACAACUUUCCGGAUAUUUUACCCAGAAUCUGUUUUUACAAACCCAGAGGACCACGACCCUGACUCUGUUGUCAUCCUUACAGUCUUCAAAUCCUAUGACUUGAUGUGGUUGGGGGACUUGCUGGAUGGUAACACACCGGAUAUUAGUCAUUUCUGGAAGAAACCAGCCUUAAACCUGAUCUACAAAACUGAAAAAAUCAGAAUCCUAGAUCCUAUUAUUACAAGAAUAGCUGCUUAUGACCUGCUUCACUUUCCUACAUCUUUUCCCAAAAAGGAGAAACCCAAGCACCCAACAACGGGCAUCAUCGCCAUCACACUGGCAUUUUACAUAUGCCAUGAAGUUCACUUGGCAGGCUUCAAAUACAAUUUUACUGAUAAAAGUGGCCCUUUGCAUUAUUAUGGGAACACAACCAUGUUUAUGAUGAGCACGAAUGAAUACCACAAUAUAACUGCAGAACAAAUUUUCUUAAAGAACAUCAUAGAAAAAAAUUUCGUUACUGACUUGACACAAGACUAACCCUAAAGACUCUCAAGAUAUUGAUAGUUUAUCAGUUUUAUUUUUUUAUAAAAUUUGAGUUUAUUUUUUAAAAUAUUGAGCUACUUCUGUAAAAUAUCUUUCAAUUUUUGUAUAACUGUUAGAAAUGUUUAAGAACUAAGUCUGUUAUUUUCUGUCUAUAUUUAGCAAAAGUUGCUUUCCAUGAAUAUAUUUAAUUAUGAAAACAAUGUACAAUUAAGAUACUGGAGUAAAUAUUAGAGUAUUUUGAAAACUCAGGUUUUAAAUUAAAGAAUCUUAACCUUA